AUGCAAACAGCCCUCAUCGUCUCUGAAGUUGGGGGACGGGUAAAUUCAACUUCAAACUGGCCCAUUCCUCAACCCGGUCUCAAACAAGUCCAACUCCGUGUUACGGUCGCCGGACUCAAUCCCCACGACCAAAAAGCCCGUGACGCUGGCCUUUUCAUCAAGGAUAAUCUCCCAGCCAUCCUCGGAAACGAUGUUACUGGUGUCGUCUCAGUUGUUGGGCCUGAAGUCACCAAAUUCAAGAUCGGCGAUAGGGUCGUGGCACAGUCGCGGCUUAGUGGAAAUUCGCAGAGAGCGCUACAGCAGUAUGCAGUCGUAGAUGAGGAUUGUGCGUCUAAGAUUCCGCAUGGUUUCAGCGAUCACGAUGCUGCGAGUCUACCAACCAAUGCUGUGGCGGCGCUAAUUGCUCUAUUCGACGACAGUGGACUUGGUAUUCCUGCACCGUGGAGUUCUGGCGCUGAAACAUUUGAUUACGCCGGAACCACAUUAUUAAUCCUGGGUGGCGGCAGCAAUUGCGGAAGAUUCGGCGUGCAGCUAGCAAGAUUGGCUGGUAUUGGGAACAUAGUGGCCGUGGGCGGCUCUAACGACGAGCUGCAGAAGUACGGCGCGAACCACGUUUUGGAUCGGCACGGCGGUGUCGAUGCGGUUCUUGAGCGCAUACGGAACGUUGUUGGCGACGACCUGAUAUAUGCGUUUGACGCUAUUAACCUUCCUGCAGAACAGCACCUUGCUGUAAGCGCACUUUCCUUAAGUAAGAAGGGGACGCUUGCCCGCUUACGCUUUUCUGUUGGUGCCAUUGACGAGUCAAAGGUUAUUGGAAAGAAGCAGGCCGGUUAUGAAACGCGCAAUGUGCUUGGAUUAUCGCACGUUAAGUUUGAGACGGCCAAGCCAUUUUGGGAUCGGGUUGAGGGCUACCUAGAGAAUCGAAGCGUAAAGCCAUUGAGGUAUGAGGUUGUGAAUGGAUUGGAUGCGCAGAAAGUCAAUAAGCUGUUGGAUAGAUACCGAGAUGGACAGAAGGUCGUUCAGACUCAGUUUAGAGUGUCUGAAUAG